GGCUAACCUUCUGACUUGACGUGUGUGUCAAAAUUUCUAACCUAAAAAGUGUUUCUCGCCCUAUCACUUCAAUAGUGCGUGAUUAAACAUUUAAUCACAUUUUAAAAUGUGUUUAUUUUUGCAUAGUGUUUAAAAUCCUCUUUUCUUCAUCAGGUGUUGCUACCUCUUCAAACUUGAAACGAUGUGAUGGCCUUGCUGUUAUGUACCAUUAAGCCAUGUGGAGUUGGAACUGUACCACGAUUUGCCCAGUCUUUUGCAGUCAAGCGAUGGACAAAGACGCAGAUUCCAAAAGUAAAAACGAUCGAGAAAACCCCGAAGCGCGAUGUAACUCUGGCUUACGGAAAUAUAGAAAUUGCCGCUUUCGCAAAAGAUGCUAUACCUGUCACAUCAAGCCUGCCUCCUGAGAAACCGCUGACAUGGACGGAGAUCAAACUCGACCUGAAGAAACUUCCUCAACAGUAUAUGAUGCUCUCAAAAAUAAGGCUCACUUCUUUAGUUGUAAUGACGUCUUGUGCAGGAUAUGCACUAGCACCAGCAGCCUAUGACCACAAAACAUUUCUUGCCUGUUCCCUGGGGACAGCAUUAGUUUCUUGUGCUGCCAAUGCCGUCAAUCAGUAUCAUGAAGUUCCAUUCGAUGCUCAAAUGAACAGGACAAAAAAUAGGAUUCUUGUGCGGCAGCUUCUCUCGCCCCUGCAUACGUUAACAUUUGCAGCAGCAUGUGGUGUCGGUGGUUUAUCUGCCUUGUAUUUUGGCGUCAACGGUUUGACAGCUAGUCUUGGUGCUCUAAACUUGUUCCUCUAUACCUCGGUUUAUACACCACUCAAAAGAGUUAGCAUCCUAAAUACGUGGGUAGGCUCAAUAGUGGGUGCCAUACCUCCCUUGAUGGGAUGGGCUGGUUGCACGGGGGGCUUAGAAAGUGGAGCUUGGAUCCUCGCAGGAAUUUUAUAUGCUUGGCAAUUCCCUCACUUCAAUGCAUUGUCUUGGAAUCUACGACCUGACUACUCUAAAGCUGGUUACAGAAUGAUGUCUGUAACACAUCCAAAACUUUGCCGAGUCACCUCUGUUAGAUACUGUGCAGCAAUCACCCUCCUCUCAACUGCAGCACCUUACUUGGAUGUCACCAAUCAUUACUUUGCAUUGGAGUCAUUACCUCUCAAUGCUUACUUCCUGUACUUAGCUUACAAAUUCUACCAAGAAUCAGAUAGUGCCAGCUCUAGGAAAUUAUUCAGGUUUUCACUGAUUCACUUGCCAGCUCUCAUGAUUCUGAUGUUAGUGAAUAAGAAGUAUUGGUCUCAUUCAAUAGAGCCUCCCGUUAUAUCAGGGGAUGUUGAUAGUAGCAAUAUUUCAGCAGAACAAUUAGUGAGGCCCAAAAAAGACUCAGAAGAUGAAGACUUGCCUUCCAAAUUGAAGCAACUGAAAGGGCUAGUUUUCACUGUGCAAGCAGAAACCAAGUGAUGAAAUUUAGUUCAAUUCAUGGAAUUUUUGAUUCCCAAGUUUUUUUAAUCCACAGAAGUUUUUGUUAUUGUCUUAAAUCCCUGCUCCCAAUUUGUUGUUCAUUGAAUUAUUAAGUUUUACUAUCCAAUACUGUAAAUGUGUAAUUAGAUUAGCUAUUGUAAAUUAUUUCAAGCUAGGUUUAAAAAAUCUAGUCCAUUCUUGUAGAGAUUCUGUAAAGCUACAAGAGUAAGUGUACUUUUAAAAAAGAAAAAAAAAAAAUGGGAAAAGAUCCAAUAAAUGAAUCAUUGAUAGUUCCAACUCAGAAAA